CAUUGCGAUGGGUGUUUCCGCAUUCGCUGUCAGUGCGAGCGCAACUUGGAAAGGGGACUGUCGUGUCUCUGAAGUAACGGUCUAAAAAUCAUCCUUUCCCGGGGGACUACCCGUUAAACGGUUGAGAUCCACGAUGCCCUAUGUACUCGUUAGUACUCAGAUCCGUCUGGAGACUGGGCCAACCAUGGUAGGAGAUGAAUACUCUGACCCAGCCAUAAUGAACUACCUGGGAGCCAGGAAAACCACCAUGCUGGGGAACAAUUUCUCGGAGUACCACGUGGACGACUCUCCGCGGUUGGUGUUGGACAAGCUGGAGAAGAUUGGCUUCCGUGUGGUGACCAUGACUGGCGUGGGACAGACGCUGGUGUGGUGCAUGUACAAGGAGACAGACUACAUAACCUGACCGGGGGUCAGUGUGAGUGUGUCCUCCUGGGCGACGAGGUUGUGAUUGUAGUGUCCUCCGUCCAAUGAGGGGCCACAGAGAAAACCUAUACUAUACAUUUAACAUUACAAAUCAAGGCAGAGAAUUCUAUACAUUCAUCCUGCUACUGUCCUCUCAGUGAUGUAAUGGUUCUCUCUACCUUCUAGUCAUUUUUGAACAAGGGGAGCAAAGUACAGAAUUUGACAUAAGGACCUGAAAUGAGUGAAUUUGUAUAAUGACGCUACUUGCCAAACAUUUGUACUUCCGUUCAGACGCACGCCAAUGUUUUGGAGCAGCUACCAAAUAGAUAUGCGAGUAGUGGCUUGUUCAUAAUCUAUCAUAACAAUUGGUAAACAGACUUCAGGGAAAUAGAUGACAAUGUACAUUCCAGAAAGAAUUACAGCUCAAAUGACCAAGAUUCAUUUUACCUGAGUAGAGUAUAGUUCAUGUCAUUUCAACUAUCUGUAACUGAACCUGAAUGUCAACUGUGAGAUUAAUCAGUUUCAAAGUUUAUUUUACUUUGUCUUUAGGCCAAACAAAUAUUUACCUUUUAAUUUUACCAGUCGACAAACAUUCCUUUAUCCUGACUCCAUCAUGGCACAACAAUCUAUUCCAUUACAUUAGAGCUAUUGAUGUAGUUUUCUUGAAAUUGGUGAUAUAAAUUAAUGAGAAGCACGUGAGGCAAUUAUAAUAAAAGGUGACUAUUA